GGCCGAGUGGCGUGAGGCAGUGCGUGCUCCUCCGCGUUCAAUCCACAGCCCCCACAGCCGAUCCACAAGGAGAAAGAAGCCUCCUCUGAGCUAGACGCAGGGAAAAAAUCCAAAGGGACUUCUUCUUUUCUUCCCCCCAUUGCAACUCCUCUCUCUUCCCGUCAUCCACCCGCCACUUCAUCCUCACGCCGCUUUUUAUUUGCCCUUUUGUCCCUCCUCCCUCUUUUGUUCCCUCGCAUCCGUAUCUCGGUGUCACCUCGAGGGAAAGGAAAAAGGAAGGCGCAUCCGUCCUGCACAGCCGGUGCUGGCUGCUGACGUUCGGACCGUCGCGUUGAGCCGACAAGCCCUGGUUGAUGCAGUGAAGUGUUCCGCGGGAGUCGACGCAAACGAAAGGUCACCAGCCAUGGGGAACCUCAUUAAGGUCCUUGGCAAGGAUUUAGAGAACUGUCCUCAUUUUUUCCUGGACUUUGAAAACGCCCAGCCCACCGAGGCCGAGACAGCCGUGUGGAACCAGGUCAGCGCCGUACUGGAGGAGGCCCACGGGAUUCUGGCCGAGCUGCAGUCCUAUAACGGGGCCGGGCAGGAGAUACGAGAAGCCAUUCAGAACCCAGGUGACCUGGCUCUGCAGGAGAAGGCCUGGAACGCAGUCUGCCCCCUGGUGGCCAAGCUGAAGCGCUUCUACGAGUUCUCACUGCGCCUGGAGAACGCCCUGCGCAGCCUGCUGGAGGCGCUGACGAGCCCGCCCUACGCCCCCAUGCAGCACCUGGAAAGAGAGCAGGCCCUGGCCAAGCAGUUUGCAGAGAUUCUGCAUUUUACGCUCAGCUUUGAUGAACUCAAGAUGACAAAUCCAGCCAUUCAGAACGACUUCAGCUACUACAGGAGGACCAUUAGUAGGAACAGGCUGAACAACCAGCAGCUGGAAGCGGAAAAUGAGGUCAACAACGAGAUGGCCAACCGGAUGUCGCUUUUCUACGCCGAGGCCACGCCCAUGCUGAAGACCCUGAGCAACGCCACCACCAAGUUCGUCUCAGAGAACAAGACCUUACCCAUCGAGGACACCACAGACUGUCUGAGUACCAUGGCCUGUGUGUGUCGUGUCAUGCUUGAGACCCCGGAGUACCGCUGCCGGUUCACCAACACGGACACCAUGUUGUUUUGCAUGAGGGUCAUGGUGGGCGUCAUCAUCCUCUACGACCACGUCCACCCCGUCGGGGCGUUCGCCAAGACCUCCAAAAUCGAUAUGAAGGGCUGCAUCAAGGUACUGAAAGAGCAACCGUCCAACAGUGUGGAGGGACUUCUCAAUGCGCUGAGGUAUACGACACGACAUCUAAACGACGACAGCACCUCCAAACAGAUCCGGGCGCUGCUGCAAUGAGCGAGGGAGCCGGGGAUGGGCGUGCACUUCAAAAAGAAAAAAGAAAAAAAAAGGAGUGCAGAACGCCAACAAACGGGCACAUUUGUUUACGACAAAUAACUCCGGAUGACCAGAAUAAUAACUCGAAGAGGAAAAAGAAUUAUAUUUAUUCUCAGCUGUCCACCAUUCUGUCUCUUGUUUUGUAAAGUAAGAAAAUAGAGAUGAUACAAAAGCCAGAAAAUAAGAUAUAUUUAAAAAAAACAAAAACAAACAAAAAAAGAAGCCGCAGAUGAAAAAUAAGUAGAACUAACGACAAGAGAGGACGCUUUUAUUGCCAAUUUAGGCGUGGAUCGAUGCUAAGCUGACACUUAAUUCCUGCAGUAGUCUUGACAAGUAAUUUUGCACACCAUCUUUUUGUUCUUUCACUGGGCUGAUGUCAUAAACGCACAGUGGAGCAAUGUGAUGGACGCUCUCCGGAGAAUUGCUUUACAACAUUUGGAGUGUUGACGAUCAGAGCAGUGGAAGGAUAUAAUCAUUCGUUCUUUUCAAUCCAUUCCUUCAUGUUGCAGGCUUUUACUUGAACAACUUAGUUGAGUCUCUCUCUCCAUGGGUGCUAAUGUGCUUUUAGCUAUCACUGUGCUUACUCGUCAUCCAGCUGAGCACUUUGCAUUGUUCAACCUUUCUUCAACGUGCUGGUUUUCGUUUAAAGCCUUUAGCAACGCUCUCUGCCUUUUCGGAAAAGUUGCGAGGAGGACAUGCAUCAACCGCUGUAUUAACCCUCCUGUUACAUUCGGUUCUCAGGGACGGCAAUCAUUUGACCUGGGGCGUUUGUAAAGGUUCAAAAGUGUCAGAAACCCUGCAAAAAUCUUGUUUGACACUGAACUUGUUGAAUUAUCCAAAAGUGUCAAAAAAUAAACAAGUUUCUAUCUCAAUAUUACCUCUACUACAACAAUUUUAAUCAACGUUUAAUCAUUUACCUUUCACAGUUUAUCAUGUCAAUAAUGUUCCUGGGUCGAUUUGACCCAAGGACAGGUUGAAUUAUCCAGAAAUGUCAGAAACGAAACCAAAAACCCCAAUAAACAUUGCUUCUAUUUCAUUAUUAACUCCCCUCCUAAAACUAAAAACUUAUUGAUUAACCGCUCACAGAUCAUAUGAACUUCACUACGUACCAACAAUUUCAAUCAAAUGUUUCAUGAUAGACCUCUGACAGGUCAUAAUGUCUAAAAUGUUCCUGGGUCAAUUUGACCCAGGACAUGUUAAAUUAUCCAAACGUGCUGGAAACAAACAAACAAACAAAACUCAAACAUUUGUUAUCGCUCCCCAUUUAUUGAAUUAGUAACCAUUGUGAUCAAGAUUUUCUCAAUUACCUCUCACAGAUCAUGAUGUCAAAAACAUGCCUGAGUAAAAUUGGCCCAGGACAAGUUUAAUUAUUAGGUAUUAUAAUUAUUAACUAUUAUGAAAUAGUUUUGAUGUAUUUUUUUUCCAGUUUUAAUUUAGUAGGAUUUUAUACAAAACUAAUGAACUCAAAUUCGUAUAAUAUUCACGUUUCUGUUUUGUUCACACACACAUAUUUAUAUUUGAUAUAAUGCAUUUAAGGGAAAAACUGAAAAUUAAAACACCACAACCCCGUUCAAAUUAUGGCAUGCCACAGUAUAUCCUAACUGGUUAAAAUUCCAAUUCAUGUUAAAACAAUUCCACAGUUUUACAUGGGGAAAACGACUUUUAACCCCCCAAAAACUUAAAAUGGGUCAGUUUGACCCACAACAUAACAGGAGGGUUAAGUCAUUAUCAUUAAAUUAUUCACGCUCACCGGUUUCGAAGGGCAGACAUGCUUCAUCAAAUGUGACAUCAGGCAUCGAUGGCUGCAAGAAAAAAGGACAUUGUCAGUUAAGAGAUUUUUGUUUUCAUUUAUUUCAGCUUAAAGUCAGCCAAUAAGAGGCACAUUCAAGCUAAAAUUGAGGGGGGAAAAAUGAGAGUUCAAAAAAUAAUUUCAAGCAGUGAUGUACGUUGGAUGUCUAUAGGCUUUUAGUCUCCAUUGAUUUGAGCUUCAAUUUUAUUGAGUUUUUUUUUUCCAAUACAGGGGUAUGCGCACCAGCAUCGUCUGUAUAAAGUAGAUGGCAUGUUAUACGAGGUCUGAGCGAACGUGUGUAAAUAAGGUGUUUUUAUUCAUUUUUAAUUGUUCAGUGAUGCUGAAAUGGGUGAAUUGUGUCGUCUCUCUCACAUUGACCAUCCGUCUGCCUAAUUGGACCAUCAGACUUGCUGUAGUCGUAGGGAUUUUUUCUUUUUCUUUUUGUUCUGGAAAUCAGCUCUCAUCAUAGCAAAUCAACUGGAAGGGGAAGGGCGAAAAAAGUGUAUGCGUGCAGGUGUGUGCGUGCGUGUGUGUGUCUG